CUCACGUCAAUUCGGCAUUUCCGUUUCUCCCUCCCGUUACAGGUGGGUGGUUCCCACAGGCUAAUCGGAGUGUCCUUAGUGUCCGCCAUGUAAAAACAAGGACACUGCCACGUCGAUUGGCAUGCUGUUAUGUUGACCCUGGACUAUUUCUAGGGGAAAAAGAAAUCAGCCAAGUGUGACAACAACGAGACAUCACCAUGGACAGCACACUACACUACACGUCGGUCAACCAUGCCUAUCAUCUGAUAGGUUCAAUCAACCAACUACGAAAAAAAAGCGAAUUAUGUGACAUCAUGUUGAAUUGCAGCGACACAAAAAUUCCAGCUCACAAACUAAUUCUAUCAGUCAGCUCGCCCUAUUUCAGUAGCUUGAUGAACUUACGACCCGAGAUUUCAAACAAUGUGGCGGAAAUUAAUCUAAAUGGCAUAGAGAGUAGUGGAGUACAGCAAAUCAUCGAGUUCUUUUAUACGUCGGCUAUCUCGGUGACAGAGGAAAGUGUCUGGUCGUUGCUACCUGCAGCCUCACUUCUACAAGCAGAAGAAAUCCAGAACCUGUGUUGUGAUUUUUUGUCAACUCAGCUUCAAGUUGAGACAUGUUUGAGAAUACACAAGAUUGCCACCAGAUGUCUCUGUUCGGCACUACUUUCGGAAACGACAGAAUUCAUAAAGGAGAACUUUGAUAAGGUGAUCGAGGAAGAAGCUUUUCUUGACCUUGGCGUGGACGACUUACUAUCACACAUGAAAAGGAUGAACGAAGUCGUGCUCACAGAUGAACGCAUGUUACAUGCAUUCAAAUGCUGGAUCAUCCAUAGUAUAGACGAUCGACAGGUGUAUGGAUUGAAGAUAAUCAGACAGUUUCCAAAACUUGAAGAGAAACUUCUCAAUUUCAUUCCAAUGGAACUAUUGAUGGAGGAAGCAGAAGAAGAAUCCUCCCUGAACUCUUCAAAUCGAGUAAAUCCAAGUGCCCGUAUUCAUCACCGUGGCAAUGACCUGAGGACCAAGAGCCCCUUGGAAGGGUCACCAGCAAAAGGAGCGGACAACUCUCGAGUUACGGAGAAAAUGGAUGAGGAUGGCCACAUGUGCUUUGAAUGUGCUGAGGUCUUUGAUACAAAAGAUGAAUUGGACAAUCAUGUUAAAACUCAUAAGUUGUUUAGUCGUCAUUCGACAGGACUGAACGAUAGUUUGGCAAGUGAGGGCCACAACAACAAUACAAUCAACAGUAGUACCAGUCCCAAGCCUGUCAAUAGUUCUGCUAGUUUCUCUGAGGAUGUUCAAAACACAGACUUUGCCAGGUCAUUAAAUUCCCUCUAUUUUGAUUCUGGUUCUACAACUGCCACUAGUUCACUGUUCGACGACUAUAUGCGAUCCCGAGGGCUCGAUGGGCCAGAGUUUGGCGUGACAGCUCAUAGCACUCCCAAAAACAACUUCACUAGCUUGCUCAAACCACAACAGCUAACCAUCACUGCUACCAACUCCAAUGAGGAGGGCUCUCAACUCAACUUCAUUUGUCCAGUUUGUGGCAAAACGUAUGACGACAAAGAGACGCUGGGAAAACACUUGGAAACUCACACAGGUUUUGAGUGCAAGGUUUGUGGGAAAUCGUACACCACUAAAUCCAACUUGCAGACUCACAUGAGGAAGCACAACGGAGACAAGCCGUAUAACUGCACUUACUGUGACAAGUGUUUCACCAGUUUGUGUGUACUCAAGGUACAUCUCCGUACUCACACAGGUGAAAAACCCUUUGUGUGUCCCACAUGCGGUGUGUCCUUUGCCAAAAAUAUUCAUCUGAAGCGUCAUCUAUCAAUACAUACGGGGAUUAAACCGCACGAAUGUAAAAUAUGCAAUAAGCGCUUCAGUCGUUCAGACCAUCUGAAGCGUCACGUCCAGAGCAUCCACACACAGGAUCGGCCACACAUCUGUUCCCUCUGUGGCAAGGACUUCGUCCGCAAGUACGAGCUCAACAAACAUAUGAAACAGCUUCAUUGGGGGUUCACAGUGGGAGAAGAAGGCAAUGACAGCCUUGACAACAGUUUACAUGACACUUUGCUCAACCCUUCUGGGGCCUCUAUGAACAGUUCAAAUGCAAUUAAUAGCAGCUUGCCUACAACCAUCAAGACAGAAAUUAUGGAUUCUAUUAGUAGCCCUGAUGCAAUCAACAAAAGCUUGCCUCUCACCAUUAAGACAGAAAUCCUGGGCUAGUCACGUGAUAUGACGGGAAUGUCUUUGGCUAGUCACAUGGUCCGAGAGGAGACAUUUGACAGAUUCAAAGGAGAUUGGUCUGCAAAUGGAAGACGUUUGUAUUUAAGGGUUAAUUUGUUAUUAAGAUGCCACACAGGGAUGUAUUGUUACAUGGAUGUUGUUUUUUAAUAUUAUUUUGUAUUUGAAUUUGUAUUUGUGGUAAAUACUGUUAUGGAAAUACUGAAUUUUUCGUUAGAGUAAGUUAUUUGAAUACUAACCUGUUGUUAUGGAUACUUGUAACUACCGAGGCUAAGGAUGAAGUGUGUAUUGGAUGUUACCUUGCCAGAUUCUAAAGUUACAUUUAUAACAUAUGUUUCAGUAUAAACAAGAUUUUUAUUUUCAUUUGUUUAAUUCAAGAAGCAUUUACUUUUUUUUGUUACAAUGUUACUCCAGAACUGUGAAAUAGGAAAAAAUGUCUAAACAGAAAAUUUGUCAAAUUGGGGAAAUGUCUAAGGCCCUGAUUUUUUUUUUUUUUUUUCCAUUUUUGAUUCCAUCAAGUAAAUUCAAGAAAUGUACAAUACAUGAUCACAUAUCAAUAAAAUUCUCCAAAUAAGAUUAAUACUCAAGAGUAGUGUAGAUAUAUAUAUACAAGUGUUGUCAUAACAACACUGCUGUUUUAUUAUCUUAUAAAAAAAAGAGUUCCAUUAUUAUUUAAAGUGUUUAAGAGUUGCUUGUGAAUGCAAGUGAGUGAAUUUGAGUCAAUAACAAUGUGUUUGAUCCAUGGACCCUUCCUAUAUGGUUGCUGAUAGUACUAUCAGAAUUUGAAUAUAAUUUUUUUUAAUUUCCUAUUUUGAUUAAACUGAACCCAGUGUAAGUGAAUGUUGCAGAAUUUUAUCAAUGAAGUAUGAACUAAUAGUUUCACCAUGCAAGUUGUAUCCAUGGUGUUUGUAGCUGCAUACAAAAUUUAUUUGGGUACAAUUUUUAGGACUAUAUAUCAAUGAAUUUGAAUGGACACUGACCAAACUUGAUCAGCUUGUUAUAUCUAAAAUAAUCAUUCAAACACUGUAGCUGUUAUGAUUUGAUCUUAUAGAAUGAGGGUUCUGGGGACCAAUACAUUGUGUUGGUAUUGUGAGAAUGCUGCAGGGCCUCUGUAAAUACAUUAAUGAGAGUUUGGUCCGAUAUCAGGAUUACACGGAAAGUGUUUAGUUGACCGUAGUCAUACCGUUCUCUAUUUCAUUCCAGAAUAGAAUAAAUUUAUUGUUAAGAAGUUUAAUCACUGAGAUUGUUUUUGUUUGUAUAGUAGGUAUAAUUUCUGUUUGCAUUCCAUUAUUUAUAUUUUAUAAAUCAUUUAUUUCUAGAGGUAAAACAUAUAUUCUUGAGAAAUUAAAGUUAAUAAUUUAUUAUUGAAAGUGAAUUAUUUUAUGUUUUUAAUUUAUUCUUUUCGUCAACUGAAAAUAUUCUUUUGACUAGUAUGUUUAAUUACAUUAUAUUGUAUGAAUACAUCUCAACGAAAAUACUAAUGAUAAUCAAACAUGAUGUUGUUGCUAUGGACCAUACUGGUUGCUAUGGUUAUAUGUGUUUGUUUAUAUAGUGAUUUUGUUACAUUAACAAGGAAUGUUACUAUUAAUAGACUGUUUCAACUUAACACAGAAUU